CUCGCGAGUUCGCGCACGUCCCUCCCCUAGCAGCACAGGGCUGUGGCGGCCUCUUCCUCUUGCGUCCGGGGCAGGACCCGGAGCAGUGGUCGCGGCCGGAGCCGGGAGCCAGCGGCCGGAGCCGAGAGCCAUCGUCCACCUCGCUGCUGCCGCCGCUCUAUCUGUCUGCCUCUGUCUUGGGCUCUUCCUCGCGCAGUGCAGAGGCGGCGGGCUGGGAAGGAAGCGGCGCCAGCGUGAGGUUCCCAGCCGAUGGGCAGCCCCUGGGCGCGCUGAGGGGCCGGGCUACUAGCCGCUGAGAAAAUGAUGCAUCCUGUUGCCAGCAGUAAUCCUGCUUUCUGUGGGCCUGGCAAGCCUUCCUGCCUAAGUGAAGAUGCCAUGAGAGCUGCUGAUCAGUUUGACAUAUAUUCCUCCCAGCAAAGCAAGUACAGCCACACAGUCAGCCACAAACCAAUGGCUUGUCAGAGGCAAGACCCAUUAAAUGAAACGCAUUUGCAGACUACAAGUGGCAGAAGCAUAGAGAUAAAAGAUGAACUAAAGAAAAAGAAAAAUCUCAAUCGAUCUGGUAAGCGUGGCCGGCCUUCGGGAACCACCAAAUCAGCAGGAUACCGGACCAGCACAGGCAGACCCCUGGGAACCACCAAAGCAGCUGGAUUUAAGACAAGUCCAGGCAGACCUUUGGGUACAACCAAAGCUGCGGGAUACAAAGUCAGCCCAGGGAGACCUCCAGGUAGCAUUAAAGCUCUAUCCCGUCUUGCUGACCUUGGUUAUGGCUGUGGCACUGCUGCUUUUCCUUACCCUAUGAUGCACGGCAGAGCAGUUCAUGGGGUAGAGGAAACCAGCAGUGAAGUCAAGCCACCCAAUGAGUGAAUGAGGCAGGAAAGGAAGGCCAGGUUUAGAAGGAAGAUUGUGAAUAAUCCCAAAGCUUCUUGGUUUUAUUUUGCCAUACACGAUUUUAUGGCCUGCGCUUUCCAAAUUUGUUUUCUCAUUUGUUUUUCCCCCCCUUGCUUUUGCUCAGAAACUGCCAUAUGCUGACAGAUGCACUCAGGGCAUGAGCAGUGGCAUUGAAUUUGUACAUAGAUUUAAGUGUAACACCUAACUGAAUCAUUUUUGCUUUUCCUUUAGAGUUAUGGUUGUGUCUUGUAUUUUGUUACUACUUUUGGGCCAUUCUAAAUAGAUGAUUUAUGUGCUAAAUAAUAAACCUUUAUACCUGUUAGUUUGUGAAGUAAGCCUACAAUAUAAUAAAGAUAAUAUCUAAGGUAUUUUUAACUGAAAGAACAAAGCAAACUAAUGAUUCAGGAUUUUUUGAGGUAUGGCUGUGAGUUUUUGUAACAUUUAUUUUCACGAGACAGGACAUAAAUAUUUGUAUGCUUUGGCAUUUACAUAGACUUCAGAUAUUAAAAAUCUUAUUUUUAAUGUUCUAGGUUUAAGCAACUUCUUAUUUAUUGAUCUAAAUGACAUUACUUGAUUUAACCAUUGUUCCUACAGGAAUUCUUUAGUGUUUGCCUUUCACCAAUGAUAGGUUGUGUAUUUUUUAAUUGCCUAUAUACCAAGAGCAUAUAUACCAAACACUACAAACAAUUCAUAUUUACAAGAAAAUUAAACUUUUUAAUAAAAACUGCACAUUACAUUUUUGGUGAAAUAUAAUGCAUUCUGAGAAUAGCAUAUUUAAUAUAUUAGAAAAAGAAACAUUCUUAAGGUCUGCAUGUAGCUAUAUCCACUACAUUUUGCCUUUCAUAUAGUUUUAAAGCAUUAUGCUUAAAAGAUUAUCGUUGUUCAUUUAUUAAGAAUGUUUUUUAUUUUUUUCCUGAGAAAUUGUCCCAUUGUAUUAGCACUUACUAUGGUUUCAGGUUUAUAUCUACCAAAGGACACGAAUUGAAUGGUAGACUGUAAAACUGAUAUAAACAAAAUGCAGUUUUCUGAGUGUCAGAACACAAAUUAAGAAAUAUACAGGAAUCCAUCUAUGCAUGAAAUGUACAAAAUAUGUUGGUUAGUUUAAUUAAAAAUCUAAUUGUGGCUCCAGUGAGACCACUUCAUCCAAAAGGAAAUUUUUUCCAAGUGUUUGCUUUAGAAGCAAGAUAAAUAGAAAAGAAAAAAAGUAUUGGGUAGAUAUGUAUAUUAGGGACAGAGGGAAAUCUCUUCUCCAUUUCCGAAAGUAAUAUUCUUUGUUAAUAUACAUUUUAUUUAUUCUGAGUUUGUUCUAAAUAAACUAUUAUAAACUCUGGAUUUGAAAGAAAAUUCCACUGAACUUUAAAGUUCCAAUGUAUGUAUUUGCGAUUGUAAAUGCCUUUGAGAUUAUUAUGUAGAUUUGCAGGACCCAGAAGCUUUUAAAAUAAUUAAAAGUUUAAAAAGGCGCAUAUUGUGUUGUUUGGGCUUGCUCUCAGUUAAUGCAAACUCUGAUUGCAAAUGGAUGUCAUGUUUCGUACCUUUUUUAUCAGGAAAAAAGCAGCAAGCCUUCAGGUGUUCCAGUGAUGCCUGACACAAUGAGCUGGACUUUAUGCUGCUCUUUACAGUAAGAGGUGUUGCAUUGUAUGUGGGGACUGUGUGCACUGGCAUCUAAGACAGUGACCUCAACAAUGUUAGCUUUGCACAAACCAUAGAGAACAAUCUUGGAUGACUACAUAAUCAGUUGUAACAUUCUGGCAGCUAAAUUGUUACAAGAGUUUCUUCUUUCAGAAGCUUACAAUAUAAAAUUUUAAUAAUUUACUCAAAACAGUGUAACUUCUGACACACACAAAAGCUUACAUCUUUAUUCAUAUGUUUACCCACUUUUAUUACGUAUCUGUCAUUUAGCUAUUUCUCAAGAUGAUGUUCAGCAGUUGGCUGCUUAGAAAUCCUCUUUUGAUCCUAAAAACAGUUGAAUUAAAUGUUCUAUCUUGUAAUAAUAUAAACUGCUGUCAAGGACUUGGUUGCUUGUUGUUUUUGCUAUGUCUGUUUGACAUCCCCUUUCAGUUUAUUUUGAUUCCUGAUUUUGUUACACAUAACCUUCCCUUUCUCCCUUGCCUUUCCUGCAUUCAUUCUCCUCCUUUCCCCAUCCUCCAGCACAUCUACUUAGUGGUGCUGUGCUGUGUGUCAGAAGAUAAAGCAGGUGUAUUAUUGUAUAAUGAAUUUUGUAUACAUGUUAAUGAAAUGGUGAAAUCAACUAAAGGAAGUAUGUUCAUAACAGUGUUUAUUAAUAUCAGGAUCUAUGUCCCAGGAAAAAAAUCAGGCAAAUGGCUAUAGUUGUGAUGGGAUAAUAUCGUUUAGAAAGCUGAAUUUUCUGUUCACGGGAGCAGUAUUAGAUCUGUAUGCUGAUGAGCAUCUGAUUCUACUUCCUUUUCUCUUUGUGAACAGUUUAUUGGUGCCAUGCUGAAGAGAAAGACAUCUAAGUGAUAAUUCUUUAAAAUAUAAAAUAUUUUUACUUCUCUAUAAUCUAAAGAUUACAUCGUGCAUCUUUUGUAACACUGUCUCUUGUCAUGAUAAACACUGAAAUAGCAUGUUAAACAAAUGCCUAUACUUUAAUAAUCAGUUGGAGAAAACUGGCCUUUUCCUCCCAUUGUAUGAUUAUUCCUUUAAAGGUAAAUUGCUAAUUUUAUAUUGUGUAAUUUUCUUCCUCACAAAACAGGUUUCACUAUUCUAUAUUAAAACUGUUGGUCAGAAAAUAAUGUGUUCAAGAAAGUUUGCUUUACUUUUUUCUUUCAAAAAAUAUUUUAACAUGUCUUAUUUAUUAUAUUAACAUAAGGAGCUAAGACAGAUGAAAUUUUCAUUUUUUGACAUAUAAUCUUGCAUAACUAAUCUUUAGUAUGGGAUGAUUUUGAUACUAUCUUUGGAGUUUUGCACUGGAUAUUAAAAAAAAUUCUGGUACAUUGUAUUGGAAGAAAAGUAUUUGCUUAAUUUUUAAUAUUUGGGGACAUUUUUAAAAUCAGUGUUUCAAUUAGACUAAAAAAUUCUUUAUAUUUUUAUUUGCUUUUUAAAAUAAACAUCUGUUAAUGUAAUAUUCAUUCCAAACUGAUGUUUGUGUGACUCUACAUGUAUAUUUUCAUGAAAUAAGAAUAGGGUUUGAAUUGAGGAAAAAAUUAUCCGGAUCCAUUUAUUAGGUUAAAAGUGAUCCAUCCAGUCCAUCCAGUGUAAGAAAAAAAAAACAACAAAACCUCUUUUAUAUUCUAAGAAGCUUUAAAAGAACAAUUCAGGGGCCAUUGAUAACUGCUACUCUGUCAGUCAUUGUCUCUAUAUGCAGUAAAACUUUAUGAUCCCUUUAUAGUGAAAUAUAGAAAUUCUCAACAGUUGUUCAAAACUUUUUUUUCUUGGAUAUGAAAUAUUUUAAUGCUAUUAGGUUUCUGUUUUUAUUAUAGCUUAACUAUAUCCUAUUAAACUCUAGGGUGUAUCUAAAUCUUUCCUUUGCUUUUUCCUCUCCACUCCCAAGUAGAUAAUUCUGUACUCUCACAUAUAAUCUAUUUAAUUUUUGGAAAAUUUAAUGCUAUAGCAAAUCAAGUAUGUGACUUAUAGUAAUCAGACCACUUUGAUUCUUUAAGUUUCACAAUUUCCUUUUUCCACAGAUAAUUAUGGAGAAGAUAAUUACCAAUUAACUGAUAUAAGCACGCUGUCCUCUGCUGUAAAAAGUCUGAAUAGAUACUGUGUAUGAUUUUAUGUCCAUGAACUUGAGCUACUCGUGUGCAAUUAUGUGUAUGGGAAUGGAGUAGUGUUCAUGAUUUGUAUCUACAUUAUCAUAUGGAUGUAUAUUUAUUAAUAAAGUCAUUACUUAAAAAACAA